AUGUGCGUCCAUCCCCCACAAAUGCUCGGCGCCCUCUUCUUCCUCGCCCUGUCCGGCGUGGCGGUUUCGUCCCUGCCGGGUCUGGAGGAGGUGUUCUUCAGUCCACUGGAUCAAACGGUGAAAGAAGGAGAAGAGGCCUCCUUCCGCUGCGUUUCGGGUGAAAGUUCACCUCCUGCCAUCAUCCUGUGGAUGAAGGAUGGCACCCUGGUCACCACAGGCAAGCAAAGCCAGGGAGAAUACGGCGGCGGUCGGCAGAAAAAGAUGUCGGGAACGCUUCGUCUGGUCAACGUGAGCCUGGAGGACGGCGGCGCGUACGUUUGCCAGACUGUUAACCCUUUACUCAACAUCACCAGGAGGAGCAGGCCGGCUAAGCUAACUGUGCUUGUGAGUCCCGUUGUGGCAAACAGCACGGGCAGAGUGGUCCGCCAGCUCGGGGAGUCGGCGAUUCUUCCCUGCGCGGCCGUCGGGGUAACGCCCAUCUGGUACAAGUGGACCACAGAUCAGGAGGCCAAGAAGCCAGUCGGCAACUCUGGUGGGAAACAUGUAGACGAGGAUGGAUCUCUACAUCUUCCCAGCGUGCAGGCAUCAGAUGCGGGAGAAUACUUUUGUACGGCGGAAAACCGAGCGGGACGACAACAGAGACGCACUGUCCUCCUGGUCACGGGUUGCUCCUCCAGCUCACACUGCGACACCACAGUAAAGCCAUCACUAAAGAUGUCAGCCACAUCUAACCCCGCCCAGCACUCAGCCACUCAAAUUCAGCCGCCGAUGCUGCCGCCUCCCCCUUUCCGCAACUUCCACUUGGAGCUUUCUCCAUCUCCUGAAGCCCAAAUGGACAAUGAUCACUCUCUCACCCAAACAACAGAAUCUUCUCCUGCAGUCCAGCUCCAAAGCUCUCUUCAAAAGCCUUCUUCCGUUGGGAAGAGUCCUCCACCUACUCCGGAAAAUCCAGUCGUACACGGACCGGAUGCAUCCGUUACUGAGCGGGCGUCUGAGGCGGAAGACGAACGGCGGAGGAACACCUCACAGUCUCCCAUUACCAGUAACAACACUCGUUCUACAGCGACUCCGGAACCACCGUCGUGGCUGCCUGUCCUAGAGAAACAUGACGUGCCCAUCGUGGUGGGCGUGGGCGUGUCUCUGGCCUUCAUCUUCAUCACCGUGACCUUCUACUCUGUGAUGCAGAAGAACCAACCGGCGCCCACUGGGCGUUCAGCGCAGCGGAAGCUGGGAGUCCCCAUGCGCCAUGCAGAGCGCCAAGCCGCAGGACGACCCUACGAAAACCAGGCCUUCGAAGAUGAUGAGUGCACGGCGGUGACAGAACACAACGCUAGUCUAUCGGACACCCGAGCCAGACCUCCAGUCACCGUGCAGAUGGAGCCCGCGAACGAGGAACUCCAUUCUGUCACGGUGGAGACUUAUCCCGAGCCUAUUGUGGAUACUAAGAUCGACGAUGUCGAGGAGAAGGAGGACGAAGAGAAGAACAGCAGUCCCGGCAGCCCUCACGACUUAUGGUCAACAGAAGAGGAACAUGCAGAGACGGCGGCCGACGACCAGAGCCUUCCCCCGCCGUCCUCUCGCCCUGUGUCGCCCGACGCCAGCCUGCGGUCCUCGCUCACACUGAGGGGGGCCGAGGCUCUGUCGGCCCCCAUCCACCACAGCCUCAGCGUGUGGCACGGAGGUGCCCCUGUGGCCAUUUCGCACCACGUCUCGGUGGGACGCGCCAGCGUGGCGGUGGACGUUCACUUUUACCCGGCAGUGGACGCUUCUACUUUGGAUGACAAGCAGGAGAACGCUUAAAGCAGGGGUGUCAAGCAUUUAAAUGAAUUGGACAUACAUUGCCGUCAAUAGCAGGCAAUGAUUUCAUUUUGGGUCACUUCCUUGUUCAUGUUAGGGUAAUUACAGUUACUUCCUGCACAUCCCCAGCUCACUUCCUGUACAUUUUGGGGCAUUCCAGGUUCACUUCCUGUGCAUUUGGAUCAUUACCUGUAUAUUUUAAGGCACUUACGCAUCACUUCCUGUUCAAUGUAACUCCCUAUUAAUGUUGGGGUAAUUCCAGGUCACUUCCUGUACAUUUCGGAUCACUUUCUAAUCAUUUUUGGGCAUUCCCGGGUCACAUCCUGUGCAUUUGGAUAAUUCUCUGUAGAUUUUAGGGCACUUACGCAUGUUCAAUGUUAACUUCUUAAUGAUUUGGGGCCAAUUCCAGGUCACUUCCUGUUGAUUUCAGGUCACUUUCUGAUUAUUUUGGGGCAUUCCAGGGCCACUUCCUGUACAUUUUGGAUCAUUUCCUGUAGAUUUCACGGCAUUUACGCAUUACCUCUUGUUCACUGGUCACUUCCUUUUGAUUUUGGGGUAAUUCCUGGUCACUUCCUGCUGAUUUCAGGUCACUCUUUAAUUAUUUUAGGGCUUUCCCAGGUCAUUUCCUGUUAAUUUUGGGGUAAUUCGGGGAUGUAUCUCCAUUGGUGGUCAUUACUGGUCACAAAAAAAAAAUCCUUGACUCAAUGUUUUUUUUAACUUUUUUUAAGCACACUUUUUUCAAUAUAAAAAAAUCCCAAGGAUCACCACCAGCAAAGAAAAUGUAAAAAUUAAUUUCUGGAGCCUAUAUUAACGAUAUAUAGUUGUGUAUUGAAUAGGAAUCAAAAACAAAAAGACCUGAACCUUUAAUAAGUCAGUCUUAGGUUGGCUCUGAAGAGUCCAGAGAAGACUGCUGGUCUGACAGGAUAUUCUAAUUUCAAAAUAAAGUAAUUCAUAAUAAAAAAAAAAUAAUAAUAAUAAUAAUCACGGUUCUAUCUUCUUUAUUUUUCAUUUUUCAAUGAUUAGCAAUUAUUUAUCAGUACUUUAUGUACUUAUGCAUUAAUCUAAUGCUUUAUGUAUACUUGUUGAAUGUAAAUUCAGACAUCAUGAGGUUAAACAAUUAUUAUAGCGUAUUGUUCGUUGUUCUGUCAACAUACCGGCUACUAUUUGAUAAUGAUA